GGGUCUUCACUGCUGCGCCUCCGCCCCCGGGAAACUGGACCUUAGUCCCUGGAUAGUUGCUCGAGCUCCGCAGGGCUCCCAGGACACCGCAGCAUCGGAUUUCGCGUGGCAGCCCAGCUUCCCUUACUCCGAUCCCCUCCCGUCUGGGGACCUUAGAGCCAAUCACAGAGCUGCACAGCUCCGGGUUGUAGAGUCCCAAGCCCGGGACCCGCCCCUCUUUGUUGCGGUGUCCAAUGGAUGCAUCCGGAACAUCGGCGGCUGCCCGGGUGACUCGAUUAUAUGUCACAGAAUAACAUUCGAGAAUGGGACAUGGAAUGAGGUGACGGCCGCCGCAGCUCCAGCAGCCCUCUGCAGCAAUGAGGCUGGUUGGCCCGAGGCCCGGCCGGUGAGCGGGGAGCCCGGCAGUUCCCUUAGUGCGUCCUGCGGCCGCGAGAGAUGAAGGCCACCCCCGCAGGGCUCUGAUCUCCGGCGCGCCCAAGUCCCCUGCCGCGUGCCCCUCACCAUGACCGGCUCCGCCGCGGACACUCAUCGCUGCCCCCACCCCAAAGGCGCCAAAGGCACCCGGUCCCGGAGCAGCCACGCGCGGCCAGUAAGCCUCGCCACCAGCGGGGGCUCGGAGGAGGAGGACAAAGACGGCGGGGUGCUGUUCCACGUGAACAAGAGUGGCUUCCCGAUCGACAGCCACACCUGGGAGCGGAUGUGGCUGCAUGUUGCCAAGGUCCACCCCAAAGGGGGAGAGAUGGUGGGCGCCAUCAGAAACGCUGCCUUCCUGGCUAAGCCUUCAAUUCCCCAGGUCCCAAACUACAGGCUGUCCAUGACGAUCCCAGACUGGCUCCAGGCCAUCCAGAACUACAUGAAGACUCUACAAUACAAUCACACAGGGACCCAGUUCUUUGAAAUCAGGAAAAUGAGACCUCUGAGCGGGUUAAUGGAAACAGCGAAAGAGAUGACCCGAGAAUCCUUGCCUAUCAAAUGCCUUGAGGCAGUCAUUCUGGGCAUAUAUUUAACGAACGGGCAGCCUUCCAUCGAGCGGUUCCCCAUCAGCUUUAAAACCUAUUUCUCAGGAAACUACUUUCACCAUGUCGUGCUGGGGAUUUAUUGCAAUGGUUACUAUGGCUCACUAGGCAUGAGCCGAAGGGCUGAACUGAUGGACAAGCCGCUGACCUUUCGGACUCUGAGUGACCUUGUCUUCGACUUUGAAGACUCCUACAAAAAAUACCUGCACACAGUCAAGAAGGUCAAAAUUGGGCUGUAUGUCCCCCAUGAGCCUCACAGCUUCCAACCCAUUGAGUGGAAGCAGCUGGUCCUCAAUGUCUCAAAGAUGCUGAGGGCUGACAUACGGAAGGAGCUGGAGAAGUACGCCCGGGACAUGCGGAUGAAGAUCUUGAAACCUGCAAGUGCCCACUCUCCAACCCAAGUGAGAAGCCGAGGAAAAUCCCUGUCUCCCCGAAGGAGGCAAGCAAGCCCCCCAAGGAGGCUUGGCAGGCGAGACAAGUCAAUUGAAGAGAACCACACUAACUUUGGAGACAAGGUGGAAAUAACCAGGAGGAAGAGGCCUGCUCUCCCUGAGAAGAAGGUGGCUGACCUCAGCACUCUGAAUGAAGUGGGCUAUCAAAUCCGGAUCUAGCCAAGCCAGGCUGGCAAGGUUUCUAUGGUGCUCUUUUCUGCACAUAACCCAGCAGCUUCAGGAGGCCCUGCAAGUAUUCACGAAGAACUUGGGGAGUUUUGAUUUUGAAGGACUUCCCUGGAAACAGAAUCUGAGUGCGUGGAAAUGGUGAGCUUUGAAACUCUCUGGGCAGCGGGCAUGACUGGGCUGAUGUGACGGACAGGCCCGUGGGUUGACUGUCUCCCUCACUCAGGACCUCAAGGACAACACUGCAGUUUUCUAUUUUUCCAUGUGCGACUGUUCCACUUGCUUUGGACAUUAUGCCUCAGCUGUAGUAAACGUCUGGAGUUCUCUCCCACUCUUUGUAACUCAGUCAGUGUUACCGUCUUCUCAGCAAUAACAAGCAAAGAUGGUGGGUUUUUUUAGGCAGUUGAUAUUACCUCAACAUUUUGGCAUCAGAUAUGCAAUCUUAAUGAGUUUUUAUAUUCUAUUUGUAUUGUUUUCUUAGUGUUUCUUAUAGGGAUCUUGAUGGUUUGGAGGGUUUGUUGGUUUUUUUCUGGUGCACACAUCAGAUUCGAUUUAAGGUGUCAUAUGCAAAUGCUUUAGCAAAAAGCACUGAAAUUCUGGCACUAAGGGACAACACUUUAGGAUCUUGGAGUCACUUUUCCUAACGCAUCUGCUGACGGCAGGUUUUCCUCUUUCAAACAAGCAUGCCAAGAGCUCUAGUCCAUGUUCUGUUGCUAACAUUUAAGCUUUUCUGAAUCCAGUGAAAAGCACAAGAGGCCAUGCACUCACGAAAAUGUCCUCAGGCAGAAAGGUGCUCAAAAAGGCAGACACUGGCGGCUAAUCUUUCAUUCACACUUGGUCAGCCUUGGUUCUGAGGGGUUUGUUGUUAAUGUGUUCUGCUGUCUUACAUUAAGGCAAUCUUACAUUAAGGCAAAUGUGAUGAUGAACUAUUUCCCACUAGCCUGUUUUUUAGGCACCACUUCGUGACAUUAGGAAGGCCUGUCUCAAAGGAAAAGGUCCAGCACAGUGCUGUGCCUCAGUGGGAACUGCACUGCAGUGCAACUUCUGCUUGCAGACCACGAAGUUGGAGCUGAAAGCAUGCAAGACUGCUAUAAAUCUGGAGUACAGCUUUAAGUCAUUUAUCUUAGUGCUGCCCCUAUGCCAGAGGACCAGCUGGUCCACACAGCUCUCAGCAUGUGUCCCUCUGGCUGUGACUGACAGUUUAUGAGACACCGUUAACUGACCACUCACUGAGUCUUCACCAGGAAAACCUAGGGCCACGAGAGGCAAAAGCCGUGGCCACAAAAAUUCAUUCCACCCUAAAGCCAGCAUUAUUAAUGAAAAGUAUUGUUUUCUUGGAAAAGUUUAGUGUCCUUUAGAGAACAGGACCAGGAAAUUAAAACACAGUGUAAGCUUCAAAUUCUGAACGUAAUUGCUUUCUUCAAGAAUCCUGUUAUCAGAGUUCAAGAUGAGUUACUGGGCCUGGGCGAGUGUUCACAGGCUCUGCUCUGACCUCAGGACCCAAGGAAGCAGCUUUCCUCCACGUGCCCUCACCCGCUGUCACAGGCCCUCACCCGCUGUUGUACUUUCACUCUUGCUUAGCUGUUUCUCCCCUGAAACUGCUCCAUCUGGUACGUGGACUGAUCAGAAUUCGACGACCCGGCCGAGUGCCUGCAGCUGCCUUGUUCAAGGACAGCUCACAUGAAAAGAAUGUCAAACAGCCAGUGGGACAACCUUGACCCAUGGCAAGGCAAAGAACAGCACCCAGCUGUCCCGAGUGUGACACUUGGUCACCUAAUCUUCUCCCACAACCACUUUCUGAUUUUUAGAUUCAUUUUCCAAAGCAAGGUUAGUCACAGAAACAUUUAAAAUGCUGUCAUUCAGUUUUACUGUCUGUAGUUACACUAACUUCUAAAAAUAGAAGGAAGUCACAAACGCCUAAAUUCUAAUGCAACAGUUUAAUUAAAUAAUAAUAUGGCAAAAACGAACCCAGUGUGUUUUACCUCUCCUCAGCCUAGCUGUGAUUUAAGAAGAUAAAGAGAAGUAUGAGGUGACUGGAGCAAGUUUAUCCUCUGCACAGGGGCAAGAUGUGCUGAGCUGAAUUACAAGCCUCAAGCUGACUGUUGAUUCUGAAAGGUGAUCCCAAGUGUUUUCUGUACCCUAGAAUCAUGAGUAUAUUCCUGUUUCUGAGUCAGCUAUUUCAGGGCAUCCUCAGCAGACAUGAGUAAAGGCCUCUGCAACCCCUCAGCUUACUACACAAGGUUUCCUUUCCUAUGCUAGACUUUUAUGUACAACCUUGUACAGUUUUUGACAUACAAUUCAGACUCUUGUUUAUUCUUUGUUCUGGCCAAUACAUUUUUAAAAAAUAUUUCAGAAGAACCGUGAUUGUUUUAGUGAGUAUUUUUCUAAGUCCACGAAGAUUUGAUCGUAUUCUAAGAACGCCAGGAGUGCAUGUUUCAUUCAGGCUUGCAUUUCUCUCAUCGUAUGUUGGACACAGCAUGGAACUGUAAUAAAAACCAUUCUGGAAACUGAA